AAAAGACACUAGUCGGUAUGACAAGUUCACCGCUCCUCUAAAAGUUUCAGUUGCUGUUUGUUGUCGCUCACGUUCACCACCUAAAUGGUUGAAAGUUCUGUCUUUUGAGUACUUAGCUCAAGUCUUUUUGUUCAAAAGGUGAAAUUUAAGUGAAAUGAUAACAUUAACAAGAAAGCUGAAGAAAGAAACAACUGUUUCCAAUGGGCCCCCUAUUACCGAUGCAUCGAAAAGAGUUUCCGUUCGUGAUAGACUACUAGUGAAAGAGGUACAAGAGAUGGAGCAAACAUUACCUGGCACUUGCCACGUUAAUUUUGAGAAUCCAAAUGAACUCUUCAACAUUACCCUCACAGUCUCUCCAGAUGAAGGCUACUGGGCAGGAGGAACCUUUCACUUUCAUAUUUAUGUUACUGAAGACUAUAAUAUGGCUCCUCCUGAAGUUAAAUGUCUCACAAAAUUAUGGCAUCCCAACAUAAGUGAAGAGGGUGAUAUUUGCCUUAGUUUGUUACGACAAAAUUCUAUUGAUAGCUUGGGGUGGGCACCUACAAGACGAAUAAAGGAUGUGGUCUGGGGACUCAAUUCUCUAUUCACUGAUCUUCUAAAUUUUGAUGACCCAUUGAACCUGCAAGCCACAGAAUUAUAUUUGAAGGAUAAAGAGGCUUUCAGACAGAAAGUAAAUGACUAUGUGAAGCAGUAUGCUAAAAGAUAAGCUACCUACCGCAUAUUUGCUUUUAAGGUUCUGUGUACAUACUUUUAAUGUUUUACCUUACUUGGGUGAUCAUCACCAUUUAAAUAAGGAAUGAAAUAGGUUUAAAGCUGACUUCACCCUAAUGUUAGUUUGUUGGUAAUUUCAUGUAUCUCCUGUAUACCUCAGAUUUGAUAAAAUACAUCUGGUGAUACAUACCAAAUAUGAAUACUGACAAACUGUUUGCUUACUGCUGUUGAGAUUGUCUUGCUGCAUUAUCUAAGUUCAAACAGAUUUAUAAUUGUUUUUAUGUUAUCAAUUUUACAAUUUUCAACCUGAUUUGUUAUUUUUUUCAAAUGACCAAAUUCUGUUGUAUUUCCUUCCAGCUGUUCACAUGACUUUCACUUUUGUUUUCAAAGUCGUUAUUAUUGGUUGUUGUAUUGUACAACUUAAGAACAAUUACUGCAGUGCAAGGUAGGAAAGUGCGUUACGAAUUUUUUAACUAUGUUAUGUCUCCAAUGUUAUAAAUGUUUAGUCAACUGUUUUGGUAAAAAUGUAACCGCUGUCCUCAACUGUCUGUGUAUAAUGCACUUAUCGCCAUCAAUAUUUUGAAACUCUUGUUCUUAAACAAAUAUUGCUGUUCACCUGAUUUUAGAUAUCCUUGCGAUAUCAUGUGAUAAUAAAUUAAUUUACAAAUUUA